UCUUGCCUCCUACUGCACAGGAGUGCGUUGUGGUGGACGAGUCGACACCACAUCUUGAAGUCCCUCUGUCUGCAAGUGCAGAUGUCGAGCCCUCCGCUGUGCACGAAUUAAUGGUGAUAGAUCCGUCAUUGUCAAAUCCUGGUCAUGUGGUAAUCGGUGAGCCCGCUGAAAUGCAGGAUGUCACAGUCUGUAGAAGUGAAACUCCACUGGAAAAUGGAACUGUUGAAUUUGAACCUUAUGUUGCACAGGAGUGCAUUUUGGUCAACCUGGUCAACCCACCAGUGCCGCUUUUUGCACAUCCACAGUUCGAAAAUGAACUUCUGGGGGAUGCUGACAUUUCAUCAUUCUCAGCAGUUCAUUUUGAACAGCAUGAACCUGACGGUUCCCUGGAAAUGCCGUCCAGCUCUGUGCUUGUUGACAGCGAAGAAAUGCUACCAGGUUGCAGCAACGCAAGUGAUAUUCCACCGUCUCAGGAGCGCCUGUACUGUGGUGGCAAACCUUGUGAGCACGAGUUCCUGAUUGCUGAUCUAAAACGCCGACUGAAUGUUUCACAGAAAAGAGUCAGGCAAUUGGAGCAGAAGCUAGGGGCUCUUGAAAAAGACCCACGAACGUGCCUGGCACCUGACCAGCUCCGAAGUAUGGAGAACAGUGAUGCACGUGCUAAUAGGUGGGAUGAUGCAACCAUCCUCAAAGCAUUGAAGACACGACUGGCGUGCGGCAGGGGGGGCUAUGAAUUUGUGAAGGAUAGACUUUUUGCCACUACCGUCAGAAAGAACCUUGCAAAGAAAGAUCGAAAAUGUGAAAUUUGGACCAGGUAUUCUCGAGGAGCUGCUGCCAGCACUCAGAGUAAAGCUGGAGCAAAUGCGCAGUGAUGGCCACUAACUACUUCUACAGUAGUUUAACUAUAACUACUAACUACUUUGUGACUGAGUAGUUUAACUAGUAGUUCAACUACUUUUCAGGGGAGUAGUUAAAACUACUUUUAACUACUGCAAUGUAGUUUAACUACAUCUAUAACUACUUAACGUUGUCCACCAACACCAAUCCCUUGUAGUGUUCUUGGACAGCUAAAUAUGAAUCACAAGCAAUAAUAAACUUUGGCUCAAGCCAUUGCUACGAUCGUCAAAUACAAAGCUUGCGGCGGGAUUCUUUCUGUGCCUAGGCGAUAAACUAAG